AUGUCAAAUAUUGCCAUGUUAUGUGUAUUUAAAGCAUCACCAAAAAAAAAUAAAUCUAAUGCUUUUCACAAACUUUAUUACGUUGAUUUUUUUUUCAAAAUGUAUUGUGCUUUGAUUUCAUCAAUUGCUAAGUUACAAUUAUUUUAUAUAAAUGGAUAUUUUUUUUGGCAUAUUCAAAGAUUAAGUUAUUUUGAAUUUAAUAUUACAACUCAAAUUAUAAUGUCAAUACUUGUUGCAUAUGGAAAUUAUAUUGAUAUAACUUUUUUAACAGGAAGAGAAAUUUUAAGACAUUACAUUCUAUGGUAUCAUAUAAAAUUAACAAACAAAAGUGUUUGUUUAUUUAUAUUUUUAAUAAUUUUUACUGCACUUUUUGGUGUAUUACUUAAUGGUGUUGUUUUUUUUGAUCGUGUUGAAAUGCCAAUGAAAAAAAUGGAUGUUAGUCUUGAGGGAACACAAACAACAUUAGAAGAUUUAUUUUCAAAAAGUAUUGUAAUAAAAGUGAAAACAAAAAUUUUUAUGAUACUUAUAUUUGCAUGUCUAUUAAAUUAUAGAAAACUUAUUCUUUUUCUUGCUAUUGGAGAUUUAUGUAAUUGUAUUUAUGUUUUUAUGCAAGGAUAUGAAAGAAAAGAAAUUUAUUUACUUGCUUCUGAAACAGGAUAUAUUCAAAAUCAAACUUAUUGGACAUGUGCAUUAAAAGUUUUUGAUUGGAUGGGUUUAUUAGGAUCAUUAAUACCACAUAUAGUAACUUUUGUUAUGGGUAUUGAAAGAUUAAUAGCAUUUAGAUGUCCUAUUUUUUUUAAAAGAUAUCUUAAUAAAAGUGAUAUAAAAGCUUGUAUUUUUUGUUUUAUUUAUACUUUUAUUAAUAUAAUAUUAGCUUUUACUCUUGCAUUCCUUCAUAGAGAUACACCAUCACGAUAUUAUUGUGGUAGAAAAGUUUCAUAUACCCAUGUAUAUAUUUCAUUUAUAUAUGGUAUGAGUGUUUUUGGAUAUGUUUCAUGUUUCCUAAUAACACUUUCAGUACUUAUAUAUUUAAAAUUUUUAUUAAAUCUUGAUAAAAAAGUUAUAAUUAUAUAUAAGAAAAAUACAAAUGAAAGUAAAGAUUUUAAAAGGCGAAUAAAAAGUUAUCAACGUAUAAAACAAGUUGUAGUUAUAUCAUUCAUCUCUUCAAUAACAAUUUCUCUGCCAAAUUUUAUUUCCCUUGCUUCAGUUGUUGUAGGACCUUUAGAUUCUUAUAUAGCAGAUACAGCAGAUUGUAUUUCUGUUGGAAAAUCUUCAAUAAAUUUUUUUGUUUACCUUAUAUUUGAUAAAGAAUUUCGAAACUCUAUAAUAAGAUUAUAUGAAAAUAUAAGGCAAUUACUUAUUUAG